GCGUUUCCCGCCGGGCCAGUGAUGCUGCGGGACCGGCGUGGGAGCCUGGAAACAGGGCUGUCCUGCUAGUUGGGGAACAUGUCGAGUUUCUCCAGGGCGCCCCAGCAAUGGGCUACUUUUGCUCGAGUUUGGUAUCUCUUAGAUGGGAAAAUGCAGCCUCCUGGCAAACUUGCUGCUAUGGCAUCAAUUAAACUUCAAGGAUUGCAUAAACCUGUGUACCAUCAACUGAGUGACUGCGGGGAUCAUGUUGUCAUAAUGAACACAAGGCACAUUGCAUUUUCUGGAAACAAAUGGGAACAAAAAGUGUAUUCCUCACAUACUGGCUAUCCAGGUGGAUUUAAACAAGUAACAGCUGCUCAACUUCACCUGAAGGAUCCAGUGGCAAUUGUAAAACUGGCUAUUUAUGGCAUGCUGCCAAAAAACCUUCACAGAAGAACCAUGAUGCAGAGGUUGCAUCUUUUCCCAGAUGAGGAUAUACCGGAAGAUAUUCUUAAGAAUUUAGUGGAAGAGCUUCCUCAACCACGGAAAGUGCCCAGACGUCUAGAUGAGUACACACAAGAAGAAAUAGAGGCUUUCCCAAGAGUGUGGUCUCCACCUGAAGAUUAUCGGCUAUAAGAGAAUGAAAAUUACAGAAAAUAACAACAAGGUGAUUGAAACUUCUUCCUGAUGAAUUUCUCCUAACCUACAGGGCAGAGUGAACCAAGGACUGCAUUUUGACAAAGUUGUUAUGAGUACUGGAAGUUUGUGGAGAAAGGUCAGGAAAGGAUAUUCCUUCAACAGGAAAUUGCAAUAAAAUAUUUUAUAGAAUUGUUUUACUAUGUAAUCUGAUUUGAAUGUUAUAAAUGAUGAUAAGAAUAAAAUGGCUUACUUGGUUGACUAUUCAAUUUUGCAUUUAAUG